AUGGAUCUAGCCAAUCAACUCCAAUACGCCCAUAUCAAAGAAGCCACACAUCACAAAAUACCACCAAGAAGACGUAGACGUCCUCCAUUCUCUUACUCAUCAUUAAUAGCUCAAGCUAUUUUAGAUUCACCUGAACAUAGAUUAACAUUACGUGAAGUUUACCAUUGGAUAAUGGAACGUUAUCCACAGUUAUAUAAAGCUGAUGAUACUGGUUGGCAGAAUACAAUACGACAUAAUUUAUCAUUGAAUAAAUGUUUCAAAAAAGUACCACGUUCAGAUGCAGAAUUAGGAAGUGGGGGUAGUGGCGCAUCAACCACUACUGCAAGUAAAGGUAAAGGUGGAUAUUGGACAAUUGACCCUGAUUAUAUGACUGGGUAUCAUGAUGGUGUAUUCACAAGAGGUGGUGUACAAAAACGUAGACCGGGCGAAUUAGUCACUGUUACAACAACGACAACGCCGUCAAACCAUAGCGGAUUAAUAUCAUCAUCUCCAUCAUCUCCGUCAUCUCCAUCAACCCCAUCCACUAUAACAACAAUAACUACUACUUCCACCAGUGGUACUGGAGGAAGCGACGAUGGUUCUUUACAUAAUGAUAGUGGCAUAGAAAGAAGUACUUCUAGUAUUACUAGUAGUCCUAUUAAACACGAAUAUAACAAUAAUACCAAAAGUGAUAAUUCUUCAUUAAGUAUCGUUAUAAAUUCACAACAACAACAAAAACAUAUGGAAGGAUGUGGUGAUGAAUUAUCGCCAUCAACAUCAAUUCAUGCCUCAUCAUCGCCUACUUCAAUGAAGAUCAGCGAUUUAUUGAAUUAA